AUGGCCACUGAAUCAGUUCCUCCUAUCGUUCGUCUCGAAUACAUUCCACGGUCCUGGUCGGAAACAAAAGCGUCUGCAGCCAGUGAUCCGUUUCAUCAUGAAUCGCGAAUCAAUUCGCACAACCAUCACAGCCUGCAUCCAUGGGGCCCAGAAGCGAGUGUAGGAAGCGAUGCAUUCAACACCUUGUAUGCUCAGGCAAACAAUCAAUACAUGUAUCAUGUGUGGUACACCGAUGCGUUGGCACCCUUCAUGGCAACCGAUGUGAUCGCCAUCCAUCCUCUCUCGAGCGACAUGUUAGAAAUCCUAGGUGUCGUGCUUCAUUUGACAAUUAAUUCUGGCAUCAAUGCUGCGCUUGCAUCUCCCAAUGGCAAAGAGUUAAUCCGUCAAUUCCAGGAGGUUUUAGACGACCUGGGCCUUUCAGAAGACGAACAAAUCUUUGUUCGUCUCGGAGCAACAUCCGCUAAAGAUAGUUGGGCUACUUUAGCCGGGGUCCCAACGAUGAAACCGCCACCCUUAUCGGCUGAUGCAGAUCUCAUCCUGCACUGGCUAUUGACCAGCGGGCGGGUCGUUGGCAGACUCCUCGCUUUGUCUCAACGAUUCUGGGCUGCCGAUCCUGGAGAGGCUUUGAUAAUACAGCGCUGGAGCCCUUUCAUUGAAGCUCGUCGGGAGUUCCGCGUAUUCUGUGAUCGUGGCAGGGUCACUGCUAUUUGUCAAGAUAUCUGGUGGGAGAAGCUGGAGGACGACCAGAGAUAUUCGCCUGGCUUUGUUGACGCAAUUGUUCACCUCUGGGACAAUGUCAAGAAGCAUCUUCCAUUCGAUUCCUGUACAAUGGAUGUCUUGAUGACACACGUUGGUCAUACAUGGACUGGACAAAUUGUUGAGUUCAAUGGCUUUGGAGCUCAUCUCAAUACGGGAAGCGAUCUCUUCCACUGGGUGCACGAUGCUGAUAUUCUCCAUGGAGAAACCGAUAGCAUCACCGUCCGCUUCAUGGAAGGAAGCAACUCAAUCGAUCUUGUUGAGCCAGCACCAGACGAUAGUGUGCUAAUUAAAUCGGAGUCUCUGGUGGAGCUCAAAGAAACUCCCCUGCAGGGAGCAAAUAUCCCAGAGAUUCCAGAGGUUAAGGAAAGCCCCAAGGGAGCGACCGAUGAGACAACUCAGAAUCAAAAGCCAGAUUGGCUUAUUCUUGAGAAAAGCCUAAUGGCCAAAUUUGGCAGUUUGGAUAUCGAUCCGAAUGGUCAAAAACUCCAGUCAGGUGAACGAAUCACGAUCCCACUGCGAGGAAAUUGGUCAAGUGCAUAUUAG